AUGAUUCAUUCAGUUAAUCCUUUCAAAGGUGGAACAUCAACUGAUGAACUUGAAAAGCUCAAUCCAAAAGGUGAAGUUCCAGUACUUAUUAUUGAUGGAAAAAAACUUCUACAAUCAAUUCCUAUCAUUGAAUAUAUUGAUGAAACACGUCAGGUAGAACCUAGACUUUUACCAGAAGAUCCUUAUCAACGUUAUCAGGCUCGUUUGAUUAGCAAAAUCAUUGCAUCUAGUAUUCAGCCUUUGCAAAAGUUAAGCGUUCUGAAACGUGUUGGUGAAGAGAAAAACGCUGAAUGGGCACAUGAUUUUAUUAAAUUAGGACUCUAUGCGGUAGAAAAAGCACUUGAAGAAUCCGCAGGAAAGUAUUGUGUAGGUGAUCGAGUGACAAUAGCUGAUUGUUGUCUUCCACCUCAACUUUAUAAUGCACGACUAUUUAAAGUUGAUUUAACUGCAUAUCCUAUCAUGACAGCUAUUGAAGAAAGAUUAAAUGAGCUUCCUGCAUUUAAAGAAGCACAUCCAAAUCGGCAAUCUGAUUAUGUUGAAGAAUAA